AUGUCAGUUCUAGCGCGCGCAUCCCGCAAUUCCGCGGUAUUGCGUACUGCAUGCUUCCGCCUUGCCGCGCCGGCGAUCGCAUGGGGGGGAUUCUCGACGGCCACUGCUUGCGCAUCCCCUGCCUCCGCUUCCGCCUCUCCCGCCGAUGAUUCCCCCGCUGUUGCGGGUAAUUCAACCGCAGGACGCGCGUUUGAGGCGUCAGGUGGGAGAGUGACGUCCGCAAGCGUUGAUGGCGAAGAGGUGGCUAAGUUCGAAGCUCUCGCCAGCCAAUGGUGGGACCGCAGGGGCCCACAUGCGCCACUGCAUGCCAUGUCAGCUGCCCGCGUGGCGUUCGUGCGUGAUGCCAUGUGUCGGCACUUUGGUCUGAAUGCAGACUCUGCCAGGCCACUGGAAGGGCUGAAAGUUCUUGACGUGGGGUGUGGGGGGGGGCUUCUGUGUGAGCCGCUGGCUCGCUUGGGAGCUACAGUGACAGGUGUUGAUGUGACACGUAUCAACACACGAGUGGCUGCUACUCACGCUGCAAGGGAUCCUAUCACCCGAUCCAUAUCUUACAAGUGCAUCUCUGCAGAAGAACUUGCUGCACAGGGGACUAUGUUUGAUGCCGUGCUCUCAUUGGAGGUGAUUGAGCAUGUGGCGGAUCCUGCUGCUUUCGUCCGCACCCUCACAUCUCUCUGCCGACCCACUCCACCACCCUCCGCUCCUUCCUCCCCCCUCACCCCAUCUUAUUCAUCUCCUUCCCAAACUUCCACAGCACAAACGGCCCCAUCCCCAUCCAUGCCCAUGCCGCCAUCCACUUCCUCUCCAGACACAUCAACACCCCCACCCACAUCAACACCCCCACCCACAUCAACACCCCCACCCACACCAACACCUCCACCUGCACCAACAUCCCCACCUUCAACUCCCAACCCCGGAGGCGUGCUCUUCCUCUCCACCAUCAAUCGCACCGCUCGCUCCUUUGCUCUCGCCAUCGCAGCUGCCGAGUACAUCCUCUCUAUAGUACCCCGGGGGACUCAUGAUUGGAACAAGUUCAUCACCCCUUUGGAGCUUGCCCUCAUGCUGCGACGAACCAACUUCCAGCUGGCGGAGACACGUGGCAUGGUGUACGACCCAAUCAGCAACAGGUGGAAUCUCUCAAGAGAUGACAUGGCAGUGAAUUACAUUGCCAUGGCCACUCGUGUGGAGUAG